AUGAUGGAAAAUAGAAACGUUCUGAAGGCCACUGGCAUCCUUGCCCUAGCCACCAUCGUCAAAGCUCAAGCGUCCUGCAGCCUCAAAACCGAGACACACCCAUCUCUGACUUGGCAGGAGUGCAGCUCCGACGGAACCUGCACGGAUGUCGAGGGAAGCAUCACGGUAGACGCCAACUGGAGAUGGACCCAUGACAAGAGCAGCAGUACGAAUUGCUACACGGGCAAUGAAUGGGAUACUACCCUGUGUCCUGACGACGCCACGUGCACGGAGAACUGCUGUGUCGAUGGUGCCGAAUAUGAGUCUACCUACGGUGUGACCUCUACGGGGUCCAGUCUGAGUCUGGACUUUGUCACUGGAUCGAACGUUGGCAGUAGACUAUACUUGCUGGCGAAUGAUAGCUCGUAUCAAGGGUUUACUCUGCUGGGCAACGAGUUUACCUUUGAUGUGGAUGUGUCGAACUUGCCUUGCGGACUCAAUGGUGCUCUCUACUUCGUAUCAAUGGACCUCGACGGUGGGGCCAGUGCCUACUCCAAUGCAGGUCCCAGCUAUGGCACAGGCUAUUGCGAUGCCCAAUGUCCCCGAGACCUCAAAUUUAUCGCGGGAAGCGCCAACGCUGAGGACUGGACACCCUCAGACACCAGCGCGAACUCGGGUGUCGGCGGCAAGGGCGCGUGCUGUGCCGAGAUGGACGUCUGGGAGGCCAACGUGAUCUCUACUGCGCUGACUCCCCAUACUUGCACAACGCCGUCGUAUCAUAGCUGUUCGGGAGAUAACUGCGGAGGAACCUACAGCUCUACACGCUACGCUGGUGACUGUGACCCGGAUGGAUGCGACUUUAACCCCUUCCGGCAGGGCAACGAGUCUUUCUACGGGUCUGGCAAAACUGUUGAUACAAGCUCGACUAUUACUGUUGUCACGCAGUUUGUCGAGGAGAGCGGAAGUCUUAGUGCAAUCAAGCGAUUUUAUGUGCAGAAUGGCGUGGUGAUCGCGAACAGCGAGAGCACCAUCGAGGGCAAUGCUGGCUACAACAGUAUUACGCCAGAGUUUUGUUCCUCGCAGAAGACUGCGUUUGGAGAUGACAAUAUCUUCAGUGCUCGCGGUGGCUUUUCAGGCAUGAGUGACGCACUGGCUCAACCGAUGGUCUUGGUCAUGUCUCUCUGGGAUGAUUACUACGCCAACAUGCUCUGGCUCGACUCCACCUACCCAACGAACGAGACCGGCCCCGGAACAGGGCGCGGAAGCUGCAGCACCGACAGCGGCGUGCCAUCCGACGUUGAAUCCAGUGCUGCAUCAUCGUCUGUGGUAUACAGCAACAUCAAGUUCGGACCAAUUGGCUCCACUUUCGAUAGCAGCAGUGUGAGCGACUCCGGUUCAGGCUCUGGCUCCAGCUCUGCCCAGGCCUCAAGCGCCAGCUCCACUGUGGCCAGCUCCUCUACGUCGCAGGCCGUUGCGGAAUUCUCAACCGCCGCCGCGAGCAGUGUCGCCGCAGUUCAGACUGCAUCGACCCAAGACUCUGCCGCUGCCGCUACAACUUCCGCAGAAGCGGUCGAGACGCUGGCAUCGAGCGCUGUGUCGAGUGUCGAGGCUCAGGCUCAGUCUUCGACGACGGCAUCAUCUGCCAGCGCGGCCACUGGGUCCACGACGAAAUCGAAGACUUGCAAGAGGAGACGGAACAACCUUGCUUAG